GUCGGUUGUGUGUUGUCCCCAAGAGGCGUGACGGUCGCGGAUGGCCGAGUACGACCCCGACGCUGCUAUCGACAGCCAAGGCCAAGUGAUCGGCGACUAUGUCUUGGGCAAAACCAUCGGACGAGGCACGUUUGGCAAGGUCAAGAUUGGCAUGCACCUGUCGACAGGGGAAAAGGUGGCCGUUAAGAUCUUGGAAAAGUGCCGGAUCCUGGAAAUCGCAGACGCCGAGCGCGUGGCGAGGGAGAUCAAGAUCCUCAAGCGCAAUUUCCACACCAAUGUUAUUCAGUUGUACCAAGUGAUUGACACGUCCGAAGCGAUCUACUUGGUCAUGGAGUACAUUGACGGCGGCGAAAUGUUCGAGUACAUUGUCAAGCACCAUCGCAUUCGGGAAAAGGAAGCUGUGUACAUGUUCUUGCAGAUUGUCGAAGCGCUCGACUAUUUGCAUCAGAACGACGUGACCCAUCGGGACUUGAAACCGGAAAACCUGCUGCUCCAAGGCACGCCAGCGUCGGGAUUGCUUGUCAAGGUGGUCGACUUUGGGCUGAGCAACACACACGAAGGCAACCGGUUGCUGCAAACGGCGUGUGGGUCGCCGUGUUAUGCCGCGCCAGAAAUGAUUGAAGGCAAACUGUAUAUCGGUCCAAAAGCUGACAUUUGGAGUCUCGGCGUGAUUUUGUUUGCGAUGGUGUGUGGGUACUUGCCGUUUGAAGACAACAACACGAGCGUGUUGUACAAGAAGAUCUUGUCGGGGCAGUACAAGGCGCCCAAUUACAUUUCGCCGUCGGUCCAAGAUCUGAUCCGAAAAAUCCUUGAAACCAACCCCGACAAACGGUUGUCGCUAGCCGAUAUUCAAGACCACGCUUGGUGCAAAACACUCGACACCCCCCUUCCGCUGAACGCCUUUGCAAGCGGAGACAAGUCGCUCAAUGAUGCGGCGUUGGCCAAGCUAGAAGACAUGGGGCUGAAACGAGAACUGGUCGUCGAUGCGAUUCAAAAAGGCGUCCACACUGCGUUCAGUGCCGCCUACUACUUGAUGCUCAACAAAGUGAACCGCCCGUCCGAGCCCACCGUGCGCCGACGACGGUAUUCUGCCUACAACCAAGGCAAAAAAAACAACGUUCAAACCGCGUUGGACGAAGCGGCGAAAGCGGCGGCGACUACUACGACUACCAAAGACAUUCCAGGCAAGCAGACGCCGCCCUCAACGGGGCAGCGGUCCCCCACCCAGCCCAAACAAGACCCCGUACCAUCGAAAGACUCAACACCGCCCUCCUCGUCCAAGGGAGGAAAGGCAGUCGCGGCCGUGCCUCAAACAGCGGACAUUCGACCGAAUGCCAAAGAUUCGCCCAAACCAUCGGUUACCCUGGAACCGCUUGUCAAAAUCACGACCACGCCAAUCGUUCAAACAGCAACUGUCCCUCCUGUUGUCGCAAAGGAAGCACCCAAACCAACAUCGUCCCAGUUGGAACCUAUCAAGACAGCGAUACAACCGACAACAGCGACAAUGUUGGCUCCCAUUCAUGCUGGUCCCACCUCCCCCGUCAAAGGAAACGCAGUGCAGGCUGGGGGGACUACCGCGAGGAACCCGCCGGAGCCCUCAAUUACAGCACCCCCUCCGCAUGGCUCGCCUUGCCCGUUAGUUGGAGGGGGGUUGGACUUGCCCACUUCGAGCGGUCCACCGUUGUCUGCGUCGUCGUCCGUGAGCAGCAUCACGUCUGGCCGAAGUGGCAAGCACUUGGUCGAAGGCAGUGGCGCCGCGCCGGUGGUUGGCAUCCAGCCCAUGCCGCCAACCGAAUCCAAGGACAGUCGACCCAAAGGACGGGCGACGAUCGCACUGGGCAGUGUCCUCGCGCCACUGGCCCAACGCUCCAACGAACCCGCGCUGGCCAUUGCCACCAACGCCAAGAACAUGAUGCCGUUCAACUCGAACGCCGCCCCCAUCAAGCCGCCGCCAGAGUCGGUCGUAGCCAAGAAGCGCGUGUCCCGCCACGGCAGCAUCUUGACUGGCACGGACGAGCCGUCCAAUUACGACUUGGAAAUGAUGAAGAUGCUCGUGAACCGAGAAAACUACGGCACCGGGUCAAUCAAGGAGGAAAAGCGUUCGAAAGACAGCUUGCGAACGGACACGAGCGAAUCCACGCUGCUCCCGAAUGCGUCGUCGGUCAUGAACGUGAUCAAAGCAAGUUCGUCGAAAUCGGGAAAUGACGACAGCUUCAAGCUCGUUGCCCAGCGCCGAUCGUCACACGAUGGCCUGGCAGGAGCAGAACCCGCCAACUCAGGAGUCACAGGAGGAGUAGGCAAAGACUCAACCAGCGGGCAAAGGCCUGCAGAAGGAACAAGCGUGACGAGGUAGUAGCAAGCAUGCUCAGUCCUGCAAGCCUCAAGCAACCUAUUCCUCCACUCCUCGCCGUCCUCCUCGUCGUGCUUGGCUCGUACUCUAUAGAUAAUGUUACCCCGCGUAUUUUGUUUUUGUGCUUUGAUACAUGAACAAGUAUCGUACGACCGAUCGUGACGGGCUUAAC